CAUGUGUUAGUUAAUCAAAACAAAAUCAAUAAUACAGUUCGUUUUGAUCCAUACCGCAUAUUCAUUGGUAUUUUUUUGUUAAUAAGUGUGGUCUAAUUUUAGAGUGGAAUUGAUUAAUAAAAUAAUAAAGGAAAAAGUAAUAUUUGUAUAAAGAUGACUGCUCAAACUAUUCUUUUCGAUUUUACUGUGGAUUCAGAAAGUACAUCUGAUACCAAACAGCGACAGGAAAUAGCUAAAAUAGUCCGAGGCGAAGUGGAAAACAUAUUUCCCCAGAUCGAACUUGCAUAUCAAAUGACCAUGGAUGAUGGAUUUUUCUGUGUUUUCACCGAAAAUAAGGAGACAAUGAUAACCUUGCGCAUUUUUCAACAAGGGCUUGUUACUAUGAAUAUUGAGUAUUACUUGGAAGAGGGAAAAGAACCACUAAUGUCUUGCGAUACAAUGCGCACAAUGGAACUAGUUUUACAUCAAAAAUUGCAUUCCGAUCGUUCCAAGUAUUUACCGCCGAUUAAACGUGGUGGAUACAUUGACAUAUACAUGACUAGUUCAGACGAACGAAUCAUCGAAUAUGAUAUUGAUGCUUUGGUGUUUGAGGAGCGUUCGGCCUUUCAAAAAAUCCAAAUAUUGCACUCAAAGACUUUGGGAAAUAUGUUGAUUUUGGAUGAAUUGCAAAAUAUUGCCGAAUCUGACUUAAUUUACACUGAAACUCUUAUGGGUCGUGGAAUUGAAAAUUAUGAAGGAAAAGAGAUAUGUAUACUUGGAGGUGGAGAUGGUGCUUUACUUUAUGAAUUACUGAAAGAGAAACCAAAGUUUGUUGUGAUGCUUGAGAUUGAUGAAGUGGUGAUGCAAGCAUGUAACAAGUAUUUAAAUACGAUUUGUGGAGAUGUACUUGAAAAACGUAAAGGGGAUAACUAUGAAAUUGUGGUUGGUGAUUGUGUGGAAUACAUGAAGAAAUUCAUAUCCGAAAAUCGAAAAUUUGAUUAUGUUUUUGGUGAUCUUACUGAUAUUCCAAUCUCUGGAGCACCUGUUGGGGAAAUUUGGGAUUUUAUACGAACAAUCCUCGAACACUCUUUUAAAAUAUUAAAGCCAGAGGGAAAAUAUUUAACACAUGGCAAUGGCACAGCUUGUACGGAAUCAUUGGAGUUAUUUGAAGACCAAUUACGAUUGCUUAGACCAAAAGUAAACUUUACUACUUCUAAGGCAUUUGUUCCUUCUUUUAUGGAAGAAUGGUUAUUCUAUCAGGUAACCUUGGCUUGACCGACUGAUACAUCCCACAAUUCUCAUAAUACAUUAUGUUAUCAGAUGCAACGGCUAUGUUACCAAAUUACCUUAAGAAAUUGUAUGUACAAUUUCAUCAGAAAGUCAGUUUUGAAACUUCGUAAAUUUUCAAAGAAAUUUGAAGGUUUAAUUACACCAAUUUUAAUGAAGAGAUAUUCUUACCUCUUAGACGCAAUAUACCAUUUGCGAGUUUCUUAGUUUAAUAGAAAAGUGUUUCGUAAUGCAAUAGUUACAAAUAAUACCAAAUAUGGACUAGUUACUAAUUUAAGAUUUUACUUAUUUUUUCAAUUAAAGUCCGAUUAAUAUUUGUUAAUUACUUCCUUAUAUUAAUUAAGUCAUUGUUUAAGGUCAAAUCAUUUCAGUGAUUUAUGAAAAUCGCUUUGGAAUUAAAUUACUAGUGUAUUUUAAGCCUAAAUGUAAUACAAACACAAAGCUAGGAUGAUAAAUAUUUUUACCUUUCUCAGUAUACAGGAAAUGUACUAAAACCAAAUACGUUUUGCCGGAAGAGAUAUAAAUAGUUGAGUACUUAAUGUAUGCUUAUUUUAGUUGUUCAAAUACAAAUAAAAAUAAACGUCGAAUGCAGAAAAAUGAAUAA